GGUAUCUUCCAAAUUCAUUGGAGAUUAAAAACUUAACCCUCUUCCCUUCUUUCGUUUAAUUGCAGAGUAAAAGCAAAAGAAAAGGAAAAAAAAAAGGAAAAAAAAGGGGGGAAGAAGAAAAAGGAAAACCCCAAAAAAAAGGGCGAAUUGGGAUUUGGGAAGUGUUCUUUGGAGGAGAGAGUGUGGACAGAUUGCAGUUCCAAGUUCCAAAUAAGUCUUUUAUCAAUUAUAAUUCUGUAAUAUGUAGAGCUGGUUGAAGGGUCGAAGCCAUGGCGUGCUCAUGCCUUCACUCAAUUCUCGAUUUGGGUGCUUCUUUUUCUGCAAUCCAUCCUCAUAAUUGGCUGGGUUUUGCUCUGUUUUAAGUGGUAGCGAAUGCUAGGGAAAGGGGUACAGAAGAUGGGGAAGACCCUUCGGCUGUAUUGAAUUAUGAGAACACCAAGUGUAGAGAAGCAAUUUUUUUGGUAUCCUGCUCAUAGGUUUUCAGAGCCCAUACUUGAGUUUUCUGUGCGUUUCCUUGAAAUAUAUCCUGCGGCUUUCAUCUCCCUCCCCAGCUGAGGCAUUUAGAACUUAGAAGGUCAUAAUACAAUGAAUAAUGAGGAAGUGUCUAACACACCAAGGACAUCUGUGAAGAUCUCAUGGAACCAUGGAGGGAAGCAAGUGGCUAUUGUUGGAUCAUGGGACAACUGGGAGACAAGGGAGAUCUUGCAGAGCAUAGGAAAAGAAUUUAUUAUUAUCAAGACACUUCCCUUGGGGAUCUACCAUUACCGCUUCAUGGUUGAUGGAUGGUUGACAUGUGCUCCUGACUUGCCAUGGGUUUGUGAUGAUUCGGGGAAUUCUUACAAUAUUCUGGACUUGAUGGCACCUGUCUCGGAGUUGCCUGAAAGUCUGUCUGAGUUUGAACUUCCUCCAUCCCCAUCAUCUAGUUAUGAUAGCCAGUACUUCAAUGAUGACGAUUUCAGUAGGCCUCCACCGGACCUACCGCUGCACCUGCAAGAGACUAUUUUGAACGAGCCAUCUUGCUGUACAGGUGGUCAUCAGUCUGGCGUGCAACCUCGACACACCGAAUUAAAUCAUGUAUACCUAAAUAAUGUUGGAGGCGAAUUCAUGGCACUUGGUUCAACAUUCAGGUUUUGUGAAAAAUAUGUCACAAUGUUACUUUUCAAGCCCUUGCUGAGAAGAAAUUGAUAGUCUUUGGUGAAUCGUUUUUUCUUCUCUCUUCUAAAUUUGUGGCCUACCCUUUUGUAUUUCGAUCCCGUAGCUGGGAUCAAUCGAGCGGAGCAAUGAUUAUUUAUGUGAGGAUUGUCAUACUAAUAUAUUGAAGAAAGCUUGAAAUAGGAUUCAUUUCCAUAUAUUCUCAUAUUUAA